GCGGGAGUGAACAAUAUCAAUCCGAUGGGAGCAGGUGGAGGUGGUCCGCCAAAUAAUUCUAACAUGACCGGAGGAGGAGGUGGUGGCAAUAAUAACGGCAUGCAAGGUACUGGAGGUGACAUGUCCUCCCAGCAAGGUGGUAACAACAUGAUGAUGUCCAUGCCCUAUGCAAACAUGAUGAUGCCGUCAGCAGGAGGAAACCAAAUGGGAGGAGGAAACAACAUGAAUAUUAUGACAAUCAACCACAACUGCGUUUAUCACUUAUUUCCUUCGAACAUGAUGAUUGGUGAAUUCACUUAUUACAAUCCGAAAAAUGAUCAUGAGUGAGUAUCGGUCAAUUGGAGCUGCCCUAGGUGUGCUAACUAAACUUCCAAAAUGUCAGUCUUCAAAUUCGAUUUUUUAAAUUCCAUUGCAUCCUACUAAUCUUCGCUUUGCUAAUUGUACAUCUUUUUCUUCUACUAGCUUACUCGUCUAACAAAAGCAUGCCAACUAUGGGUGGUCCGAGCCAGCCGCCACCGCAGAACCCCAACAACAAUAUGAUGGGAAAUAACAUGAUGGGAAACAACGCUGGCAGUAACAAUAUGGGCGGAAACACCAAUCUUCCUCCUACUGGCAACAGCAAUCUCCCACCUACCACAAGUCAAGGGGGUCCCGGAGGAGUUGCUAAUGGAGGUCCUGCUAGUAUGAUGAACAAUUCGGGCGGAGUGAAUACCAUGGGCAACAUGAUGCAAAACAAUAAUAGUGGAGCUGGAGGCAAUACUACUGCUGCUGGCAACAUGAACAUGAUGGGCAUGGGCAAUAAUCAACAGAGAGGCGGUGGCAAUAACAUGAUGACCAACGCCGCUGGUGGCCAAAACAACAUGAUAGGCCAAAACAACAUGAUGGGCACGAUGGGCAUGCCAGGCACUAUAGGAGGAGGAACGAUGGGUGGCACUAUGGGCGGAGGAAAUGCGAAUCAGAUGGGAGGUGGACAAGUAGGAGGUCAAGCUGGGACGAUGGGUCAACAAGGCCAGCAAGGAACGACCAACAAUGUGGGUGGUCAGCAACAACCUGUUGGCACUAUCUCCACCAGCAACUUGUCCCAAAUGGCCAACUUGUCACAGAGCGAAAAGCUCGUAGCGACUUCCUCAGUCGGUUCUUCAACUAUAUCGCAAAGUGACGGUGGUCAGGGUGCUGGAAACUUCUGGCGACCUCCUGGUGGUAGCGGUAUGUUCUUUCCCGGAGGUUCUCAAAACCAGCAGAACAACAAUAUGCCUGGCGGCGCUGGUGCUUUCUACGCUCCUCCACAGAAUAAUAUGAACACUGGCGUUAAUUCCUUUGGCGGAGUCGGGGCAGGUGCUGGAGGUGCUUCUGGA